CAUCGAGGCUCCAGCUCAUUACAGAGUGCUGUUGGACGCGCACCUGGACUGUUAACUUCAACCGCACGAGUUAGGAAUUACUUUAAAAAUCUGAUUUGCAUGGCUGCCAAGAAGCCCAAGAUGACCCAAAAGGACGAUGUGGCCGCAGUUACUACGUGCACAUACUGGGUGCCGCGCAAGAAACGACACUGCAAGAUGGCAGCCAACAAGGAAAGCCUCUUCUGCGGCGCCCAUUCCCCUGCCACUGAAGAAAGCAAAGCCGUGGGCGCGGCUGCUGAGCGGAUUCCCUGUCCACUAGACCCAAAGCAUACGGUAUUCAAGAGAAAGCUGGCGAAACACCUGACAAUCUGCAAUGCCCGGGACCAGGCCAGCACGCUGCCCUACAUCGUCAAGAAUAUAAACGCCGGCGAGGAGUUGGAGAAUCCUCUGGAAGACGAAAUAAACAGCAAGUUGAGACUCCACGAGCUAGAGGAUACAGAGUUCUACAGCGUAAUAGACAAAGUACGGGCUCUGUACGACAAUCACGUUGCCAACAGCAUCGAGGAGCUGCAUUUGCAGCACGCCUCCCUGGAGGAGCCACUCGGCCACGAGGAGUACGGCCAGGAGUCCCGCAAGCAUCUGGUGCAGGCCUCUGCUCUGUUGGGCAUCCUCGAGCACGACCAGCAGCUGACCGACAGCACCAGCUUCAUUGAGUUUGGCGCCGGCAAGGGUCAGCUGGCCUUCUUCCUGGCCACAGCGCUGGAAACCCAGGGCCUGUCCCACUCGCAGGUGGUGCUUAUCGAUCGCAUGUCGCUGCGCCACAAGAAGGACAACAAGGUGACGAACAAGGAGCUGGUGCAGCGCAUUCGCGCUGACAUAGGAGACCUCAAGAUUUCAGCGCUGCCAGAGUUGAAGCAAACCAAACGCAAUGUCGCUUUGUCUAAGCACCUGUGCGGAGCAGCCACGGAUCUUACGUUGCGCUGUGUUCUGGCCCAUAGAACCGCUCCCACGGAUUACAUCCUUAUUGCUCUCUGCUGCCAUCACCGCUGCUCCUGGCGCUCUUACGUCGGCCAGACCUGGCUGCAGGCGGCCGGCCUUGGACACCGGGAGUUUGCCAUCAUCACCAAAAUGGUUAGUUGGGCUGUCUGCGGCACGGGCGUCAGUCGGGAGCGUCGCAAGGCCAUGGCGGAGGCGCAUGAAGAGCUCGGCGAGCCGCCCACCCAAAGAUUGACCCGCGAGCAGCGCGAACAGAUCGGCUACCAGUGCAAGCGAGUCUUGGAUCAAGGUCGUCUUGAGCAUCUGCGAUCCAACGGCUUCGAUGCGUCGCUGAAGUUCUAUGUCCCGCGGGAAAUCACGUUGGAAAAUGUCGUGCUCAUAGCCAAACCCAUGAAAAGCUGACCGCAAAGGAUAAGCGGCAGAUAAAGGAAUCACUGCAAGUGCCGGACACUGGUGGCGGAGGUGUCGGCAUUGGCAUCAGCAACGGCAUGCAAUUUGACUUGUGAUAAGAGCGCUCUGGUAUACUUGUGUAUUACGCUUUAGUUGGAUACCGCUUUUAAGUUUGGUUCAGUACUCGUGUGGUCCCACUAAAAACAAAACAUACUUCAGACUAACUAUAGCGGGCUAAUAAUGCUGAUGAUGACUCGUAACUUUAAGAGAUAUA